AGGGGGUGACCUUUUUCCUUUUUUGUGCUGGGUGAAAGUCGCUCUCUUGCAGGAGCGCAGAGUGGUGCGGAGCCCCACGUGUGGCUGGAGCUGGCUGCGAUAAGCUGGUUGUUUUCCCCUUUCCUUUCCCCUCCUCGUGCUGCGCUGUGCUUAUCUGGGCGCCCGAGUUAUGUUAAGUAGCGGGUGCGUGCUUGCUCUCUGUUCUCCUCGCUGCUUUUGCUCCUUGGAUUUCAAUUCCAAACAUGGUUAUCCCUUUGGGGUCUCUCUCGUUUCCACUGCCAAGUGAUACACAUUCCACACUCAACACCAGCUCCCUCCGCUGCUCUCUCGCGGUCGCUAUUUCCAUUUGCCGGAGGGCCGGCGAGAGAGGCAGUGCGACGAGAUCUCUGUCCUGUCUGCAAGUUUUCCAGCUAAUGGCCUCUACUCUUUCUUUGACUGAGCUCUUUUGGCCUCGUAUUUGCCAGCUCCUUUUCUCACUGGUGUGGCUAAGGAGGGGGCCAGCCGACGGUUUGUGAGCCACAAAGAGGAGAAACAAGCCUUUUGGGGAUUUUUCGGGUGCAAAAACGUUCAGCAGCACUUUAACAUGUCGCUCUGAAGCGCGCUGCUGUGGGACCGGCCGGCGCUCAAGAGGAGGAGGAGGAGGAGGAACAGCUACCCAGCAGCUCUGGUUUCAGACCCUUGCAGCACCCUUUGUGUAUGACAAUUCAUUUUGAGCGCAGGACGGCCAGGGAGGGUGGGGAGUGGGGAAGGAUGAGCGCAAGCAGCCUCUCUUGGGACCAGGCUGUUCUCCAGCCUCCGGUGUGCGAUGCCUGGAAGGAGAUUAUGGAGGGAGCAGCCUACCAGCUGGCCAGCUGCAUCAUCCUCCUGGGUUACAUGGGGGGAAGCGGCAUCUUUGGGUCCCUCUAUAUCUUUGGCCUCCUGGCCCCGGGCUACUUCUGCUAUGCUCUGUGGGGCUGGCUGAGCGCCUGCGGGCUGGAUAUCUUCGUCUGGAACAUGCUGCUCGUCUUCGCCUGCUUGCUUCAGCUGGCUCACCUGGCUUACCGGCUCCGCAGAGACACCAUCCCAGAAGAGUUUGACCUCCUCUACAAGACCAUGUACCUGCCCUUGCAGGUGCCCCUGGAAGUCUACAAAGAAAUCGUGAAGUGCUGCGAAGAGCAAGUCCAGUCGCUAGUCAGAGACCAGAAUUACGCGGUGGAGGGCAAGACGCCCAUUGACCGCCUCUCGUUGCUGCUGUCUGGCAGGGUCCGAGUGAGCCAGGACGGACAGUUCCUUCACUACAUCUUUCCGUAUCAGUUCCUGGACUCUCCAGAAUGGGAGUCGCUGCGACCCUCCGAGGAAGGAACUUUCCAGGUCACGCUGACAGCCGAGACCGACUGCAGCUUCAUCACCUGGCCGAGGAAGAAGCUGUAUCUCCUCCUGAGGAAGGACCGCUACGUUGCCCGGCUCUUCUCCUCCCACCUGGGCUACGACAUCUCGGAGAAGCUCUACUCCCUCAACGAGAAGCUCUUCGCCAAGUUCGGCCUUCGCUUCGACAUCCGCUUGCCCAGUCUCUACCACGUCCUCGGGCCAGCCUCCUCCGAGGGGGAGUCGGAGGACUGCGAGGAGCCGUCGCCUGCCUCCGGCCAGGCUGGUGCCUCUGAGCCCCCUCCGCCGCCACCGCCGCCACCGGCUCCGCGACCCCGGGCAUCCCGGCCCGACAGUGACCUGCUGGGUGAGGACUCCACCAGUCUUGUCUUGGAAGAUUUUGCUGAGUUGCCGGGGUCUUUUAUGGACUAUGUGAGCGAAGGGGAGUAUAUGAAGUGAGGGCAUUCCUGGCACGGGCACGCCUCACCCUGUGUGGGACCCCCGCCCUCUGGAAACCCUCUCCGGAGUUCUCCCCACCCUCUCCGCAAAGGACGAGCCCCUCUGGCUCCUACUCAGACCCCUGAACUCUAGGGAACAACAGGCUGUUUUGCUCCCGAAGCCCCUCCAAGGGAACGUAUGCUCACACAGGUUUCUGACCAGAGAGACACUCUUUAGCACGCACUGAGACGUCUGCCUGCAGACGUGUACACCCAGGAGCACGUGAAGCACACGCGUGAGACUGCAGUGUGACACUCCAGCACCUCCCACCCCAUGGUUGUUCACCAGACCUGCCUGCCCCAGUGUGCUUCCACGGUUUGUUUUCUAGUCCUGCCUCCCUGAGGUGUGUUGGCAGCUCUGAUACCAAGGUACACCAAUAUCGCUGCAAGCGAUACCAGCCUGCUCGCGGAUCUGUGUUCCCUUUGAUUUAAUGAUUUCCAUUAAAGUCAGAGAUGAAACUA